CGAUCCUGCACGAGAAGUUUAGGAUGCUCAGGAAGGGCAGAAGAAGGUGGAAGGGGCUGGAUUGCGAAGAGCAGACUUGGAUACGCUUGUGGGCAUAGUUCACUCACAUAUACUUUAUUUCAAGAUGCGGGAUAUUCUCAAGACUGAAGAGCUCGACAUUCCAGAGGGCAUUGAAGUCUCCGUCAAGUCCCGCCUCAUUACUGUUACUGGCCCACGUGGUACUCUCAAGAAGAACGUCAGACACGCUGAUGUCGACAUCCGGCUGGUGAAAGGCAAGGUCAACCGGGUCACCCUGGCGGUCUGGCAAGGUGGCAGGAAGCAUGUCGCUGUCCUUCGCACCCUUAGGAGUCUCAUCAAUAACAUGAUCAUUGGUGUGACCAAGGGCUUCCAGUACAAGAUGCGUGCCGUCUACGCGCACUUUCCUAUCAACUGCAUCAUCCAGGAGAGUGGCCGCAAGCUCGAGAUCCGUAAUUUCUUGGGCGAAAAGCUCGUCCGACACGUUGACAUGUUGGACGGCGUCACCGUCUCCGAGUCUAAGGCGCAAAAGGACGAGCUCAUCCUUGAGGGCAACGACGUCCAGAAUGUCUCGCAAUCAGCGGCUUCAAUUCAGGGUAUGUGCCUAGUGCGAAACAAGGAUAUCCGUAAAUUCUUGGAUGGUAUCUACGUGUCCGAGAAGGCGACCGUUGUACAGCAGGAGUAACUUAAUUGAUACUCGCUCUCUAUUAUUCCCUGCCAUCGGUGGUGCUGGUCCCUUUACUCUCUCCCUGCAGAAGUCUGCAUGUCGCAUGUCCCUACCACUAUGUUUUCGCUAUGACACGUCAUGUUUGCACUCAAACGAGAACAUUGAACCUGAGAAAAAUAAAAUCAUUAAACUAUAAUGAUUAUGCACGAUCAAGAAUAACUAGCAUGGCGGCCAGUGUACACUUCAACGCAUGUAGGGGAUCAUAGUACCGACUCGCUGGCGAUAGCGGAGAUAAUCCUGUCCAAAGAAGCGGAUGAGGGCUUCUUCCUCGUAUUUGAUCCUCGAAUUGAAGAAUCGCCACAAAACCGCGCAGAAACCAAGGAAGCCGAUGGGGUUUUGUAGCACAAGCUGGGUUCCGAGUGCCCAGUAGAAGAAACCAGCGUAGGACGGAUGACGGAACCAGGCAUAGACCCCGUCUGUGACAAGCUGGUGAGACUCAGCCUUUCUGUAGGCAACCAUGUGCGAAAAGUUGGUGGCUGCACGAAUCAUGGCAGUCGAUCGAAGCACUUGGCCAAGCACCACGAGAAUGACACCAAUAGUUGUAAUAUAGGGGAAGCUCUUGAGUUCUGGCUUGAACCAGAGAGUCAGCAGGUAUUCGGUAACUGCGAAACCAUGGGCGAUGUGAUACAUCCGCCCGUUCUCUAGAAGGAACGAGUCCACACUGCACUUCUCUCGGUUCCAUCCAGCGGUCACUGCGAACUCGCCCCAGUGGAAAGCCGACCACGCAGCAAGAAAGAAGCCAAGCUGGCGAGUACACCACCAGGAGCUAUAUGGCGCAAAGACGGCUAUAGAACUACCAGACAGGAAGAUACAUCCCAGAAGGAACGAAAUGGUGGAUGCGGCGAGCGGUGUAUUCGGUAUGCGACCGCCAAGGCGCAUCGCAGCAGGUAUCGGCCUGGUCUCUAGCGA